AAAUAAUGCCAAUUGAAUACAUGCUCCCUUAAUUGGCUAGGAACAUGAAGCCUAGAAUUUGAUAGUUAUCAUGACAUCGAACAUCACCAACUUCAAAUCACUCAGCUUGACUGGAAGAUUGUCAACGGAAUACCACCUUUGCAGCCUUCAAGAUGUCGACAAUUCUCCGAACUGCCCGCAACUUGUGGCGGAUAGGUUUCAAAGAAUACGGUCACCAGAUGCAGUAUAUGGGCGAUACCAAAGCUGGGACGUUGAUAGCUAUGGACCGAUACGGAAACAAAUAUUAUGAGAACAUGGAUGAACUCCCACUUCGAACGCGCUGGGUGGAUUACAAGGAGAAAGAAUUCGACGCAUCCCAAAUUGACGUUGGCUGGCACGCCUGGUUAGCGUACAUGGUCGACAAGCCGCCGACUCAAGAUGCAAUCUUACAGGCUGGCGUGCGAUCAUGGGAAUUGCCAGAGCAUCAGCCCACCAUGACGUUAAGUCGUGGCGCGUACAAGCCAUAUUCUACCGUAAGGCCGAAAUUUUCUGCCUGGAAACCUGUUGCGGCACGUCGAUAAAUAUGUGUUCGGUUUAGAUGGGCAAGACUCUGCCAAAGGCGUCUUUAAUUGCACGUUUCGAGCUUUGAAGAGUGCUGGUUGGCGGCUACAUUAAAAAAUUGUAUAUAUUCUCUUCUCUAUGCUGAUAGAAAUUGAUGCUUUAUUCACAGUGAAUGAAGAUUUCGGGAAAGACAGCAAUGUAUUCUAUGUCAGCAGAUCUGGAUUAUAUAGACGAUUCAAUAUCAUACUUGCUGAACACGAAAAGAAGCAACUUAGUCACAUUCAAAGCAUAGACACGGGGCAAAUAGGCGUUUUCAUGAGACAGAUGUCGCUCAAAACGUGGAGUGGGUAUUCCUGUGCCCAAGGAAAUAAUAUCUAAUACGAACAAAAAUUACACCAAGCGAAAACUGGGUCAGGGGUAAAAUGUGACAUUAAUUGCUCAAUAGAAAAAAAUAACUGAAGCUCUUGUAGGGAGUGCCUUCAUCGAUAGUAGCUCAUAGGACAUAUCCUCCAGAGCCAACGUUCCACCAAUGUCGGAUAGGUUUUUUAUCCUCAAG